UGUGCAACUCUAGAACCCCGUAGAGCUGCGUACCGAGUACCGUAUUUUUUUGCAGUAGUCGUCGCCCCAAAAUCUUGCCGCCCACUGCCCAAGCGUUUUUCUGCAAUAGUCUGCAUUUGCAUUAGCUCUCUCGCUUCUCGGAAACUAAUCCAGUCGGCUUACCAUAAAAACGGUCGUACCAAUCAACAACAUCAUUAUUUUUCUCAAUAUGACCUCUCUCUCCGAAAAGGGUCUCCUGGGUGAACAGCAGUCAACUUAUACACCAACCCAACCUAAACGCUGUAUUCGACAUCGUGUGGUGGAAAAGAUGCCUUCGCCCCGCCACUUCUUCCUCACUCUAUUCCUAGGCCUGCUUGUCACGGCUGGCUUAGCUAGUGCCGUCUUGCACCAAAAGCCUUCCGGCGAGGAUAAGGCCGAAAUCGAGACUGAGCAUGUUGUUCUCCGUGACGACUCGACUUUCUCGCGGUUGUUGAGCUCGGCUUCUCCCCGUGCUAUCCACGAGUUUCUCCAUGCUUACUUCCCUGGCACCUACAAGCAUGGUGUCUAUGACUCUGACCACUCGGCCAUGGAAGCAAUCCACGCGAGUGACCCGGAAUUAGCGACAUCCAUUGUCCAGCUCGCAAAGAGACAAUCUGGAAACGAGACGAUCACCACGACUGCUACGUCCGUGGAGUCUAGCUCUACAGCCCCUACGAGUGAAAGUGAAAGCGAAAGCACCACGACGGAAGAACAAACCUCUACUUCCACUUCUGUAGAUACGCCUACGACGACGACUUCGGAUUCGACUACGGAGCCGACCUCGGAUGUGCCAACGACUACUACGUCUGACGUGCCUACCACAACAACAACAUCAACCACCGAUGAGCCAACAACGGCAUCAUCACCCACCUCGGAGUCUUCCGCUGAGACGACGAGCACUCCUGACACGACCUUGACAACAGCCACAAGCGCAUCUACUCCUAGCACUACAAGGCCACCUAGAACAUCUACGUUCACAUCAACGCUUCCCGGAGGCGCUAAGACAACAAUCACAUCCGUUGAGGUGGUCACUCCAGGUGCACCCGAAGAAGCAAGCCAGACCUCAGAAGCCGAGGGAAGCCUGCAAUCCGGCCCUGCCAUGCUGCCUGCCAGGCGGCCGGUAGUAGAAGUCAUCAUCGGCGCCGUGGUCGGCGGAGCACUCCUCGCAUAAGCUCCACCGUGAUCCGAAUCAUCACAUUCCUUCCUUUCAUCUCAUAUUGAAAUCUGGCGUUAGCAACAGCAUCAUUAUCAUCAUCUGAGCGAAGCAUAUCUGGUACCGGCGCCGGCAUCUGCAUACAUGGAAACUUGACGGCAUCUACAUUCAUUUAGAA